AUGAGCAGCACGAGGCUAGCGGACGCGAGGUCCGCGGUUGCAGAUAAAUUUCGGCACCCUCUGGCGCCGCUCACCGAGCCCGAGUUCCAUAGGGCACGAGAUAUUCUACUUGCCAGCCAUGACGACCCCGGCGCACUCUACUUCCGAACUAUACAGCUCGAGGAACCGAAAAAGGCAGAUCUGGUUCCUUAUCUCGUCGCCGAGCAUGCUGGAAAUCUUUCAGACCAGACACUUAAGCCGCCUCGGCUGGCAAGAAUACAGUACGAUGUUGUUAAGAGGGAGAACGGGAUCACCUUUUUUCAGUACACACAGUCCAUCGUGGACUUGAGUUCUAGUCGUGAGCUUAGCAGAGAAGAGUCUCCUGUCGGGAGCAAUCCUUCUUUCACAGUGAGCGAAUUUGCGGCUUUUUACGAUUUGUGUGUCCAGUCUUCCCUCUUUCAGGCGGCCAUGUCCGAGUUUGAGCUUCCCCCAAACUUCUCCCUCGCCAUUGACCCUUGGCCAUAUGGUGGACCUGACGACUCAGACCCGUCCGACCGGUAUAUGCAAGGAUUAGUCUUUGCACGCGACGACUCGAGCGGGAAUCCCGAUGCCAACCACUAUGCCUAUCCGAUUCCAAUCAUCCCAGUCAUGAAUUGGGUAACGAAGGAGAUCGUGCGGGUCGACAGACUCGCCACGAGCGUCGAACCAGGUACGAUAUUCGCCUCCCCGCGGCGCAAAGAUGACCCUCCCAUCAAGCUCUUUGAGGCCAAUAAGCCGUCCGAGUACGUCCCGGAGCUUCUCGAUCCGCCUCUCCGCAAGGAUAUGAAGCCUAUCAACAUCACUCAGCCCCAGGGCGCCUCGUUUACCGUCCACGAGGACAAUCUUGUAGAGUGGCAGAAGUGGCGCUUCCGCCUAGGCUUCACUGCUCGCGAAGGCGCCGUGCUCCACGACCUAUGCUACGACGGGCGUCCCGUACUCUACCGCCUUAGCUACAGCGAGAUGGCCGUUCCCUACUCCGAUCCCCGUUAUCCUUUUCACAGGAAGCAAGCUUUUGAUCUGGGCGAUGGCGGCGUCGGCCGCGCUGCUAACAAUCUCGAGCUUGGCUGCGACUGCCUUGGUGCCAUUCACUACUUCGACGCAUUGCUUGUAGGCCAACCGGAUGGGACGCCAGAGGUCUCGCGGUCGGUAGUUUGUCUCCAUGAGCAAGACAAUGGCAUUGGAUGGAAGCACACGAAUUUCCGAACGUCUCGCGCUGUCGUUGCAAGGUUACGGGAGCUAGUCGUGCAGUUUAUCGCGACGCUCGCGAACUACGAGUACAUCUUUGCCUUUAAGCUCGACGUAGCUGGGAACAUCACCAUCGAGACCCGGGCGACCGGUGUAGUCAGCGUCGUGGCCGUCGACCCGAAUAUCAAGACUGCUCCAUAUGGCGCCCUCGUCGGUCCUGGUGUCCUCGCGCAGAACCACCAGCAUGUCUUCGCCGUGCGGAUCGACCCAGCCAUUGAUUCGUACGCCGAGACGGACACCGUCAUCAUCCAGGAAGAGACGCUAGCCCGACCUCAAGACCCGCAGACAAAUCCCCAGGGGAACCUGUAUAUUAUCGAACGAACUGUGGUAUCGAAACCAACGGGAAUCAUCGCCGAGCCACGCAACAACAGAAUCGUACGCCUUGAGAACGCGCGUAUCAAGAAUCCCAUCACGAGCAGGAAUGUGGGCUACAAGCUCGUUCCGUCACCGACGCAGCUUCUUCUCGCCCAAGAGGGGAGUAUCCAGGCGAGGAGAGCUGGGUUUGCGUCGAGACACGUCUGGAUAACCGGGUACAGGGAUGGCGAGCUCUGGGCGGGUGGGGAGUUUACGAAUCAGAGCCGGAAUGAGACGGGAGGUGUUGUGGAUAUGGCGGCGAGGACGGGUGAUGUCCUUGCGGAUGUCGGUCAGAAUGGCGAGGAGGGCAGCGCGAUGGCGGGAGCGAGGAAUCGGUGUGGACCGGUUGUAUGGGCUGUGUUUGGAUUGACACAUAACCCGAGGAUGGAGGAUUGGCCGGUGAUGCCUGUCGAGAUCCACCAGAUGAUUCUCAAGCCAGCCGACUUCUUUACGUCGAACCCGGCCAUCGAUGUCCCUUCUUCCAAGAACGAAGCCAGUGUGCUCGUCGGCUGUUGCAAGCCUGGUGAGAAUGGCGUUGUUGACGGCAGGAACGGGACACUCAACGGGGCAUGCCAUGGAUCGGUAAACGGAACAGAUUGA